GCGCCCCUGCGCACUCUCGUUCACGUGCGUGUGUGAGUGUUAUAGUGUAACAUGGAGUCCUGUACAGCACCUUACUGUCUGGCUAUAUGUGUCAUCUACGUACUCAGUCUCAUGUGUCAAGCAUUGACGGAUGAGCCACGUUUCGUUGAACCUAUACCGAAUGUGACAGUGGCUUUGGGUAGAGAUGCUUCUUUACCGUGCGUUGUGGAGAACCUUGGCACUUACAAGGUUGCCUGGAUCCACAUCGAUCGUCAGAUGAUCCUCACCAUCCACAGACACGUCAUAUCCAGGGUACCCAGGUUCAGUGUAUCUCAUGACAACCAGAAGACUUGGCUGCUUCACGUCAGCGGCGUUCAGCAAGAAGACAGAGGCUUCUACAUGUGUCAAGUCAACACAAACCCGAUGAUCAGCCAAGUUGGGUUCUUGCAGGUUGUUGUCCCCCCGAACAUCAUUGACGAGCACAGUACGGCGUCUUCAGUAGCAGUGAGGGAGAAUCAGAACAUCAGUCUAACCUGUAGGGCUAAGGGAUUCCCUGCACCAAAGAUAAUGUGGAGAAGAGAGGAUGGGAGCAGCAUGAUCAUAGACCGUAGGAAAAAAGUGAAUGUAUUUGACGGAGACUACUUGAACUUGACAAGAAUUUCCCGGACAGAGAUGGGAGCCUAUCUGUGUAUAGCAACUAACGGAGUACCACCGUCUGUCAGCAAGAGAAUUAUAGUAGAUGUUGAGUUUUCCCCUAUGAUUUGGGUACCUAACCAGCUGGUGGGGGCUCCAGUUGGUACCAGCGUCACCAUAGAUUGUCACAUCGAGGCGUUCCCGCGGGCCAUCAGCUACUGGGUGUACGACAACGUGAUGCUCCUGCCUACGUCCAAGUAUGGCACAGAAACUUCAGAGAACAGCUACAGAUCUCACAUGAAACUAACAGUCAACAACCUUCAGCCGAGGGACUUUGGGACAUACAGAUGCAUCAGCAAGAACUCUUUAGGGGAGACGGAAGGAUCCAUCAGGCUGUAUGAAAUACCACAACCGUCAGUAGCACCCAAAAGCGUUGAACAAAAAACUACAACCAAAGAAGUCGAGAGGCAAGUGGCUUCAAACGACACAAAGCAAUCUCAGCUUGGAGUCACCCCUAAAUCGUUCACCCCCGCUCAGUUCAACAUAGAGGAAGUUCUUCCCCCACGAGACCUGCCCCCGCCCCCCCACAACCAGCUCUCCGCCUCAGAUUGCGGCCACACCAACAAAGCAGAGUUCUGGAGGCUUUUACUACAGAUAACAACUUUAACAAUCAUCACAUCGUGUUACUGAUUUAGUUUGUUACGUUUUUAAUUAUAAAGUGUAUGUGAUCAAGCUGUAAAUUCAUCAUUUGUACAUACAAUGUACAUUCUGUAAAUAAGGAAAUUGUCAAUAUGACACUAACGAUAUAUCAAGCUCACAAUUAUAUGUAAAUAAUUGAGUAGUAAAUUUGUAAACUGUUAAUUAGUAGAGCGUUUAUAAAUUAUUGGCUUAGGUAAAUUAACGUUCCUAUUAAAACACUAUGAAAUAAAUGAUCAUUACUUAACGUGACUAUUGAUUGUGUAGAAGUAAAGGAUUUGUAAUAUAUAUAUUAUUUUAAAUAUUACCUUUGUGAAAAGAGUAAUUAAAGUAUUUACAUGUUACUUAAUUGUCACUUAAAGCAUUAGUAGUUCAAAUAGGUUUAUUAACAAAUUCUUUGUAAAGGACAGCACAUUGUGAUUUAAAACAUCUACUUACGAUUUAACUAACAUUUACUCGUAUGAACAACACAAUAA